GAAACAGAAGUCACCUGACUGUCAAAAAAGAAAGUGAAACCAACUUUGAUCUCCUUCAGAACAGCGUCCAUUUUGAGCCGCAGGAUGGAAAUAACUCGUUGACUCGUUAACAGUGGUAGCAGGAAGAGAAGAGAAGCUCUGAAGAACGAGUGAAUUAAAUCAAGUCUCCCUCAGAGUUGAAGGCCAGAAGAUGGAAGAUCUGGAUCUGAAAAAGGACAGAGCAGAACCUCCAGGACCCACCAGUCCAUCUAUGAGGAGUGAUCGGUCCAAAGAUGAACCUCCAGUCUUCAGUAAUGAACCUGGACCCUCAGACAGAAAGAGCAGCUUUGGUGAGGAGGAGCCUCCAUCCUGCUGUGGUUUGUCUCAGAAUGUUCUGAUGGAUCCGGUCUUGACCAGCUGCCCCCAGUAUGGGAAACAACCCAGAACAGGAUCUGGACCUCUGACAGCCAAUCAGAGCAGCUGUGCUCCAGGCCAGAAGAUGGAAGAUCUGGAUCUGAAAAAGGACAGAGCAGAACGUCCAGGACCCACCAGUCCAUCUAUGAGGAGGGAUCGGUCCAAAGAACGUCCUCCAUACUUCAGUAAUGAACCUGGACCCUCAGACAGAAAGAGCAGCUUUGGUGAGGAGGAGCCUCCAUCCUGCUGUGGUUUGUCUCAGAAUGUUCUGAUGGAUCCGGUCUUGACCAGCUGCCCCCAGUAUGGGAAACAACCCAGAACAGGAUCUGGACCUCUGACAGCCAAUCAGAGCAGCUGUGCUCCAGAUAUUGUUGCUCAGUAUCAGCCUGACCUUAAAGAGUUUCUGAAGAUGAAGUUCCAGAGUCUCUCUGAAGGCGUCGCUGAACAUGGAAAUAAAACCGUUCUGAACCAGAUCUACACAGAGCUCCACAUCACAGAGGGGUUAACUAGAGAGGUCAACCAGGAACAUGAGGUCAGACAGAUUGAAACAGCAUCCAGGAAACAAGAAACAAUCAGAAGAGAAGACAUCUUUAAUGUCCCACCUGGAAGAGAUCAACCAAUCAGAACAGUGAUGACCAUGGGAGUGGCUGGCAUUGGGAAAACACUGUUAACACAGAAGUUCACUCUGGACUGGGCUGAAGGCAAAACCAACCAGAACAUUGAUUUCAUAUUUCCAUUCACUUUCAGAGAGCUGAAUAUGUUGAAAGAAGAAAAGUUCAGUUUAUUAGAACUGAUUCAUAAAUUCUUCACUAAAACCAAAGAAAUCAGCAGCUUUGAAACGUUUCAGGUUCUGUUCAUCUUUGAUGGUCUGGAUGAAAGUCGACUUGAUCUGAAUUUCAACAACAAUCCGUUCCUGACUGAUGUUACAGAGUCCAGCUCACUGGAUGUUCUGCUGACAAACAUCAUCAGGAGGAAACUGUUUCCUUCUGCUCUCCUCUGGAUAACCACACGACCUGCAGCAGCCAAUCAGAUCCCUGCUGAAUGUGUUGGCAUGGUAACAGAGGUCAGAGGGUUCACUGACCCCCAGAAGGAGGAAUACUUCAGGAAGAGAUUCAGAGAUGAUGAAGAGAAGGCCAACAGGAUCAUCUCCCACAUCCAGAAAUCAAAAAGUCUCCACAUCAUGUGUCACAUCCCAGUUUUCUGCUGGAUCACUGCUAAAGUUCUGGAGAAUCUGAUGGAGACCAGAGAGGGAGGAGAUCUGCCCAAGACCCUGACUGAGAUGUACAUAGAGUUCCUGAAGGUUCAACUGAAAAUCAAGGAGGAAAAGUAUGAUAGAGGAAAAAAGACAAAAUCUAUCUGGAGUCCAGAGAACAGGAAGCUGAUUGAGUCUCUAGGAAGACUGGCUUUUGAUCAGCUGCUGAAGGGAAACCUGAUCUUCUAUGACAAAGACCUCAAUCAGUGUGACAUCAACAUCAAAGAUGCUGCGUUGUUCUCAGGAGUUUUCACUGAAAUGUUUAAAACAGAGAGAGGAGUGAACAACAUCUCCGUCUACUCCUUUGUUCAUCUGAGCAUCCAGGAGUUUCUGGCUGCAGUCUACAUGCUCCACUGUUUCACCAGCAGGAAGUCAGAGGUGAUCCAGACGUUCCUGGGAGAAAAAUACAAUGAAACAUCUCUAGAUGAGUUUAUGAAGAAAGUCAUGGAGAAAUCCCUCAGCAGUGAAAAUGGCCACCUGGACCUGUUUGUCCGCUUCCUUCAUGGUCUCACUGUGGAGUCCAGCCAGAGCUUCUUAGAAGAUCUGCUGGGUCAGAGAGAGAACAGUCCAGAAACCAUCCAGAGAAUCAUCACCAACCUGAAGAAGAUGAACACUGAUAGAAUCUCUCCUGACAGAAGCAUCAACAUCUUCUACUGUCUGAUGGAGAUGAACGAUCUCUCAUUUUAUCAGGAGAUCCAACGGCUGCUGGAUUCAGGGAAGGAGCUCUCAGAUACUGACUGUUCAGCUCUGGCCUUCAUGCUGCUGAUGUCAGAGGUUCUGGAUGAGUUGGACCUGGAGAAGUACAACACAUCAUGGGAUGAACGACUGAGACUGGUUCCAGCUGUGAGGAACUGCAGAAAGGCUCGACUUGGUGGCUGUUUGCUCUAUCAGGAUGAAUGUGAAGUUGUGGCCUCAGCGCUGAAGACCAACCCAGAUCUGACUGAACUGGAAAUAAAUCAGAUCUUCAUACUGGGAGGUCGAUCCUUUGGAGACUCUGAUCUGAAGCCUCUGGUUGAGAUCCUGGAGAGUUCAGUCAGUAAAGUGAAGAAACUGAGACUGAUUGGCUGCAGUUUGUCAGAGACCAGCUGGACUUCUCUGUUCUCAGCUCUGAAGUCCAAACCGACCCAUCUGACAGAACUGGACCUGACCAGAACCAACCUGGAAGAUUCUGGACUGAAGGAGUUCUGUGGUUUUCUACAGACUGAAGGCUGCAGACUGGAGACAUUGAGAUUGAUGAGCUGCAGGUUGUCAAAGAUCAGCUGUGAUUAUUUGGCUUCAGCUCUGAAGUCCAACAGCCUCCAUCUGAAAGAACUGGACCUGUAUGGAAACAACCUGAAGGAUUCAGAUGUUCAGCAGCUGAAGGAUCUUGUAGAUGAUCUAAAGUUCUGAUCUCUGUAAAGUAGAGAAUGAUCUCUGUGUCCUGCUGAUCCUCAGAGGUUGAAGCUGCAGCAGUUUGAGUCUAAAGAGACUCUGACUGGAUCAUGAUGAUGACCUCUGACCUCCAAGAUUUUCCUCCUGUUUAUUUUCUCAUGUCUGUCAUUUAGUGUCUGAUAUUGUUUGUCUCUUUGGAUCAAUAAAGAUCCAAUUCAAACUGGGCUCCAUUUAGAGGCUUGAUGGAGUUUUGAUCUGAACUGGAUUCAACUGGAAAGUUGAUCUUUUUUCUCUCUGGUUCAUUUUCAUCCUGGAACCAGAAAUGGUCUGAGAAUGGAAACAUGGGAAUCAUUUCCAGUUCAGCUUUGAAGCCAUGAAAGACACUUCAACCCUCUUUUCUCUGCUGCUUCUUCCUUCUGUUGACAUGAAAAUGUUCCUCAAAGCUCCUCAGAGAAAAAGAUGCUUUACUGGAAACUGGAGAGAAACUUCAGCUUCCAUCACAGAAACCAGUUGAACCAGUUUAGAACUGGAUGUCCCACAGAAACUCUGAUCUUAGAGCAGUUUUCAGGAACAUCUGGAAGCUGGAAAAUUUCUUUUUAUAUAUUUUUAUGUUCAUUGUAAAAAGUAAAUCUUGAAGUUUUUCAUCAUCAUUGAUUCUCAGUUUGUUUUGGUUUUUACUUUUUUAACUCCAGAUUUCAUGUUUUGAGUUUUCUAGAGAACUUUAGGACUCGAUGUGUCACAUCAGGAUCUUUACUGUGAUUUUACUGAUUUAUUCAACACUCAGAGAAACACUGGGAUAAUGUGCUGAUUGGUUCAUGAUUGAUUUUCAUAAUUCUUCUAAUGUAAGGUGGGUUUCUGGAUGUUUAAUGACCAAAUAAAGUUUUUAAAAAAUC